AUGAAGGAAGGAGAUAUAUCUUACACAAAUGUCAAGAGAAAUGAUGAUGAAUUACGCGAUAUCGUGCCAGAAGUAGAAGAUCUUGCACAAUCAAUUGAUGAAAAGAUGAAAAAUGUCUCAAGUUUUCGACGUUUCAACAGAGUUCCUCAAGAACUUAAAAAGGGAAGUGAAUAUAGUUACUCUCCUAAAUUAGUCUCAAUAGGUCCUUUUCAUCAUGGAGUUGAUAACCUUAAAACUAUGGAGGAACAUAAGUGGUGUUAUCUCAACACACUUGUUAGUAGAAAACCAAUAAACACACAAACCAUUUUAGAUAAUUGUGUGAAAACACUUAGAAAUUUAGAGGAUAAAGCAAGAAAAUGCUAUGGUGAAAACACAUUUGAACAAAUUGGAAGUAAUGAGUUUGUUCAAAUGAUGUUACUUGAUAGUUGUUUUCUCAUUGAGCUCUUUAUCAAGUUUGUUAUAAAGGGUUUUCGACGUAGAGAUGAUAUACUCUUUAUCAACUACGACAUGUUUUUCCGUCUUAGAUGUGACUUGAUUCUACUCGAAAAUCAGAUCCCAUUCUUUAUCCUUCACCAAAUGUUCAACUUAGUUCCAAUUCCUAAAGAAUGUACUUACUCCCUCAUGCAACUUGCUUUACUCUUCUUUAGAAAACUGAUUCCUGGUGAUGGACUUGUAACUAUACAGAAAUUUGGUCCUAAUGUUCACCAUAUACUGGACUUGAUUCAUCAUUGUUAUCUUCCAACGAGUCCACAAGUUCACUCGAAUGGAACACAAAAACAUAUGCACAAUGUGUUACAUCUUCAUGAUGUAGGGAUCAAGUUCAAGAAAGCCAUAAGUGAUAGUGUCAUGAAUGUAAGAUUCACUAAAGACAGAGUUUUGGAAAUUCCAUCAUUGAAAAUACAUAGCUACUCUGAGAUUUUGUUCAAGAAUAUGGUGGCAUUGGAGCAAUGUGGAACCUUUAGAAGUGGAACAAAGCACAUUGCGUCUUACGUUUACCUCAUGAAAAGUUUUGUAAGGUCUGCAGAUGAUGCAAGUUAUUUGACAGAUAGAGAGAUUUUGGAUAGCAGUUUGUAUAAUGAUGAUGAGAUUUUUCAACUGAUGAUGAGGCUUCAUGUGGAGUUUGAUGUCAAGGAUUUUUAUUAUAGUGGAAUUUGUGAGAAAGUUAAUGGAUAUAAGAAGAAAAAUAAGUGGAAAAAAUGCAGCCAGAAAAUUAGCAAUGUAUAUAAGAAGACUGCCAAAGGAAUUUCAUGCUAA